ACUAGGAGACUGGACCCCUUUUAAAGCUGUCGCCAUCGACUUCCAGGAAGCACGCAACGAGGAAUUAGUAGUUUCUUUUUCAAAAUAACUACGGAAAACAUGUCGAAGGCACACAAAAAAGGCAGGAAUGACUGUAAAUACCAGGAGAACUUGAUAAAGCAGCUUAUUGAAUGCCAGAUGGAUAUUGACAAGAUCAACUUAAUGACCAGCAAGGAGAUGCUCGAUGUGGAGGAGAAGUACGAAAAGCUGCGACAACCAUUGUACAAAAAGCGAAACGAGGAGAUCAAGCGGCUUCCCAACUUCUGGGCGACCUCACUUAUUAACCACGACGAGAUCAUCAGACAUACGGGAAAAGAGGGAUUGCGCUCACUUGCGAACAUUGAGGUGGAAAACUUGGGAAGCGUCAGUAAGGGAUAUCGGAUCCACCUUCACUUUGACGACAAUCCUUAUUUCGAGAACAAGGUGCUCACCAAAGAGUUUCGAUUUGGGAAUAAAAAAGGAAAUUGGAUCACUUCCACUAGUACACCCAUCAAAUGGAAGGAGGGCAAGCAGCUGGCCAAGCAGGACCCCUCGAUGUUGUACAAUUCCUUCUUUGACUGGUUCUCGGAUAACAACAAUCCCAGCUUUGACCAUAUUGGAGAUUACAUAAGGGACGACCUUUGGAUAAAUCCACUUCGAUAUUAUGUUAUUGAUCCUGAGCCUGGGGACGAAUCUAAAAAUUAGCCAACUACAUUAACUACACUAUGUAAAUGUUUUCAUUAAACAAAUAAAGUGUAUGUAUGUAUCUUAUGUUACAAUAUUGAUGACCCAGCGAGAAUAAAUGG